AUGCUCCCCACAAACGGCCAGACUGCCGUCGUUCAAUCCAAAACACAACCCACUCCACCUCGUCUUCCACUCGUCGUCGCUCAUGGCCGCCCUUUGCCGCCUUUGCCCUCACCUCACCACGUGCGUGUACGCGUCCUGGCAGUUGGCCUUAAUCCUACCGACCACAAGAUGGUGACACAUUUCUUCAUGCAGAACAAUACCACCGGGUGUGACUUUUGUGGUAUUAUCGUGGAAGCCGGAUCGGAGUCGAUGCUCGGUCCUGGUCUCCGAGUAUGCGGCGCUGAUUUUCCCUAUCGACCUAGCAACCCCUACAACGGUGCAUUUGCAGAGUACGCCAUAGCUGACGCACGCCAUCUGUUGCGCAUCCCGGAUUCUGUCUCUGACCUCCAGGCCGCUGCCAUAGGCGCUAUUGGCUGGGGCACCGCUGCCUUAGCCAUGUCUGACCCCACCGCUUUGAACCUGCCGGGGUUGCCCUCGAAACCAGAUGCAAGGAAUCUCCCCGUCCUGGUUUAUGGAGGUGCCACCGCAACGGGCAUCAUGGCGUGUCAGAUGUUGAAGCGAUCUGGCUACGCCCCAAUCGCAGUUUGCUCGCCUCAGUCUGCAUCCUUCUGCAUUAGUCUCGGCGCCGUUGGCACGGCGUCGUACACCUCACCUACAUGCGUCCAAGACAUCAAGGCACUUGCAAAUGGGCAGAAUAUUAAACAUGCCCUUGAUUGUAUAACUGAUCCCGAGUCUACAGCGGUAUGCCUGGCGUCCCUCGCACGUAUUGGGGCCCGCUAUGCCUGCCUUGAAGCCGUGCCAGAUGCCUGGCUUACUCGCCGAUCAGUCGCGGUCAAGGUCGUGAUGGGCUUUGAGGGCCAGAACUUCGACGUGGACCUUGACCAUCCUGUCUACUCGCGCAAGGCAAAUCCAGUCUUACAUGCUGUCGCUGCCGAGUGGGCCGCUGAGUUGCAACCGUUGCUAGAUACCGGACACAUCAAGACGCAGUCCAUCCAAGAGAUUGAAGGCCGUUUCGAAGGCGUCAUCAAGGCAUUGGAAAUGCUACAAGACGGACAUGUCAAAGGCAAAAAGCUAGUCGUGACAAUUUCUUCAUAG